GCGGAACAACAAACUACUGCAGGCACACCUGCACGCGGAACGACAGCAACGACAGCAGUACUAGCAAGACCUGGCCGCUGUAACGGCCGACGUCCGCGACGCAGCAAUGCAGCAGCAGCAACAGCAACAGCUGAUGAACUCUACCAUUGCACGCAUCAACGACAUUGAGGCCAAGGCCUCAGCAGCGCCAGGCUGCACGACGGACGCGACGAAGCAAAUCAACGAACGCAUCGAUCACGUAGUCACCAUCAUCGGCGACAUAGGUGUUUUCAACGGACCGGACACGAUAAGCAGCACGGUGGCCGCCAUCAAGACGGACAUCACCAAGCUACAGACGAGACCGGACGCCGCUACAAAGAUGUUCAAGAUGCCGCACUUCGACAACUGCAAGUUCGACGACUACAACAAGUCGGACGCUUUGACAUGGAUGAACCACCUAGCAAACUGUCCCGACGAACGACAUGUUGAAGGCACACUCUAUUUGCAACUGAUUGGAGGAGCGCAGGCAUGGAUGAACCACCUCGCGGCCACCCACAAGUGCACCAUCGCCAAACUCCACACGCACAUCACGUGGAAGGAGUUCGAGCAGCUAUGGUUCACCCGGUUCAUGGUCCGCAACGUCGUGAAGGCGGCCAUGAAUGAGGUGUACGCAUGCUCUCAGGGGAACAUGCCAACUCGAGACUGGACAACCAAGUGGCAAAAGAUAGUGACCAUACCAGGCUUCGACUUGACGUUCCCAAAUCAACGAUCCGAGUUCUUCUCGCGAUCAUGCGCGGGAUUGCGGUCGGCACUCGGUAAUGAGUACGACUAUACCACAUUCCAGGGCAUUCUGGAUCGAGCGAACUUGGUCAUCCAAACGGACGACAAGGCCGCUAACGAGAGACAAUCCCAGCCGCACUAUGUGGCUAAGCAGGCCUAUCAACGUCCGGCACAUAACAAUGUCGUGAUUUCUGCGGAAACCGACGACCACCACGCUGCAGCAGCAUCCUCGAGUGAUGGAGGAAUUGUCACAGCGCUCCCGCCGAAGCGUCCCAAGACAGUUCGAAAGAACAAGGCGACACAAGAGACGACAGCGACGAGAGCUGGACAGCUAUGGACGGCAUAUAAGAUCACCAAGGAGGUCUAUGACCUACGUCAGAAGUACGGAUACUGCCUUUGGUGCAACGGAGUCACCCAUGUGACCGCACAAUGCCCCGAAAAGGGCAAGGCACGCUGUCACGAGGACGGUCGGCAUCCGRUUGAGUAUUUCUCCCAAAAGGUGCCUCUCGUCAACACUCUCGACGACGCUAGGAAGAAAGAGCUACUUGCGUUCGUCACCGUUCUCAAACGGUGGCGCCACUUUCUUCUCAGCCGUCGGCGGUUCAAAUGGAAUACGGACAACAAUCCGUUGACCUUUUAUAAAACACAGGACACGGUCACUAGCACGAUCGGUCGAUGGAUGUAUUACAUCGACCAAUUCGAUUUUGAUCCGUGUCACAUUCCCGGUCCCGCCAAUCAAGCUGCGGACGCCCUCUCACGACGGCCCGACUUUUGUGCCAUCGUGACCACGGCAUUCGACCUCGAUGACGAUCUGCAGCAGCAUUUCGUCAAAGGCUACAAGUGCGAUCCGACUUACUCUACGCUUUACGCAGAGCUUUCAUCGGAUCACCCGCCGGCUAGCCACUAUCGGAUUUUCGACGGGUUCCUUCUCCUUCACACRAGAGGAAAGGACUUGUUAGUUGUGCCCCAAGAUCGCAUCUUAUGGACUAGUCUUCUCGGCGAAUUCCACGAUGCACGACUUUCGGCACACCUUGGCGUGAACCGCACACUAGCACGCCUCCGCCAGCGUUUUCACUGGCCCGACGUCCUUCAUGACGUCAYGAGGUACAUUGAGUCAUGUGCAGUUUGCCACCGAAACAAGGGUCGAUCUCGAGUCCCCUUCGGCGAACUGAAACCGUUGCCGAUUCCCCGAGCACCACGCCUCUCCAUUGCUAUGGACGUGACAGGCCCGUUUCCCCGCGAUCGCCACGGCCAUGACGGUAUUCUCACGGUCAUUGACCGUUUGAGCAACGACCGAGAUACUCGCUUCAUGUCAGCCUUUUGGACUUCUCUCAUGACGGAGUCCGACACGACAAUGAAGCCGAGCUCGACUCGGCACCCGCAGACGGAUGGUCAAACGGAGCGAGCGCACCAGACCGCUCUGAUGAUGUUGCGUACGCUCAUCCGUCCCGACCAGAAAGAUUGGGUUGACCGGCUUCCYGACAUCGAGUUCGCCUACAACACUUCGGUGCACCCGGCGAUCUGCGUCACACCAUUCGAGCUACAUCAUGGUGGAGAGAAAGCACGGAUCUUCGCUGAUCUCCUUUUGCCACAGGAUGCCGACAUAGACGUCCCUUGCUCUCCCGCUUCUGUCAGGAAGUAUCGGGACUUGCUGAUCAAAGCCCGCACAAACAUGCAAAAAACUCAGAUCCGCAUGCAACAACAAGCUAACCGACGUCGACUUCCAUGUCCUUUCUGCGAGGGAGACCUUGUUUGGGUCCUCUCCGAGGAAUUUGCGCUCGAGCAGGAUGUUUCGUCCAAACUCCUUCCCAAAUGGUUCGAACCAUGGGAAGUCACUUCUGCCGUUGGAGACGACCCCGCAGGUCCUUCCUUCGUGAUCAACAUUCCACCGCACCUGACACUGCAUCGGGUCUUCCAYGCAUCGAAGCUGGCCAUCUACACGCCACCUUCAGCUGACGAGUUCCCCGGACGUCGAUCACAGGAUCCGCCUUCUAUGGACGGACAUCAGGAAGUUGACCGAGUCAUCACGCACCGCAAGCAUGGCAACAAGCCAAGGCAGUACAAAGUCACAUUUAAGCAAUGUGCGCCUGAUGACACUCGGUGGAUCUCCAGUACAGAUUUGCAGACUUCUGCACCCCUCAUAUUCGCCGACUACGAGAAGCGACGCCUUGCUAAGGAUGCAGCUCGUCCCGCCCGACCCACCCCGGUAGCGGACAGACAACUUCGCCCUCGCAGGUAGCUCGGUCUUUUAAGAGGGGGAGUGUGUUACAUCUUCGACGCACACGGGUCCUACCGGACCCGACUUAG